CCUUGUUACUUUUCCUGUCACUGUCAGCUUCCACACAGGGCCCGCAGUCUGGCCGAUGCGCCCACAUGGGAUUUUCCGAAGAUGCGUACGUGAUGCCUGACUGGGGUUCCGUGCCACGAUGACCGAUCAUCCCGUCCGCGCAACUGUGAAUGUAUAUGGACACGGCUCCACGAUUAUUCUCGAUAUGCAUAUCCCGUCCUGCAUAUCCGGAAUUCAUUAAGACGACGCUCCAGACAAUCUGGUAGCUCAACGCGCCAAGAGGGAGCAGCGGAAAGGUCGGGAUGCAGAUUGCGAACUGACAUAACGCCACAGUCACACCCCCUCCCUGCCUCCAUCUCCCGGGCACUCGCCCAGACCUCUUGGACUGGGCCAUGGAACAAGAUGACGAGCCCCAGGAGCAUUGCUGCUCGAGCGCACGGUGCGUCGCUUAGUUGGGCCAGCCAGCCGGGUAAACAAGUCGUGGCUUUUUCUCGCUGCGACUCCCUUAUUGGCGAGCUUUUUGGUAUUGAGGAGUAGUGAUACGAAGUAUGACAGGCUUUUUGUGGUGAGAAGCCAACCGGGAUGGCCCUGGCCUGUCAUGGAGGAUGGAUGGAUGGGUUGUUAUUGCGCUGUCUCUUGACAUGUGUACUUUGCUUCCGCCGGAGGGAUGCAUGGCUUGGACGAUAAACCCAGAGGCGUCUUCAUUUAUCACGGACGGCUGUUCUCAGCUUCGCUGCAUGAAUUCUCUUGAUCCCUUUUUUUUUUUUGCUUUCUUAUUCUUCGGCCGCGCAAUUGCCCUUACGCACGCUAAACUUUCUGUUCCUACAAGUGUUGUACCUUUGCGCACCUCGACAUUGUUUUUCGACACCCUUGAAACCGAUCGAGAGAUAGAUCAUCAUUUACCCCAGAUUCGACUUGUAUAGCUACAACACUACCACUGACUGGCUUCGGCACGGGACGAGACGCUAUUUGAAACGUUAGGGCCCAGUGUAGCUGUCCUGGAAAAUCAACUAAAUAACGCCAGAGGGCGGCACAUCUCCAGCCCUACUGCACCCUUCAUCGCACACGACUCGCGUCCAACACGAGCUUCGCCAGAUCCCCACAAUGUUGAAGUACCUCAAGAAGGCGCUUACGCCGUCCGCCUUUGAGCCAGAACUCCCACCGCAUUUUCUAGAACAGUACAAUGCAGCACGAAAACUGUCCUACGCGUCGUCGAGCGAUUCAUCGCUGCCUGAGUUCGACCCGCUCACGGCCUCGGCAUUCGAAUUGUCGGAAAUGCUGAAUGCAGGCGUGAUCACGAGCGUCGAGAUUGUAGAAGGAUACCUCCACCAAAUCGAGCAGCACAACAAAAGAGGAAGACAGCUGAGAGCUCUGAUAUCAGUCGCACCAAGGCACGAGCUCAUGAGGAUAGCAAAGCGCUUGGACGACGAGAGAUCGAGGGGGAAGAAGAGGGGACCUCUGCACGGAAUUCCCAUAGUGGUCAAAGACAACAUCAUGACCGACGCCAAUCUGGGCAUGGACACAACCGUUGGCUCUUACGCUUUCGUGGGCUGCAUUCCCAAGAAGAACGCCACAAUAGUCGACCGUCUGAUCCGCCGCGGUCUCAUCAUCCUCGGAAAGUCAAACCUCACCGAAUUCUGCGGUCUCAAGAAUCCCUCCAUGCCACCCGGCUGGUCCGCUGUGGGGGGUCAAUGCCAGUCGCCGUACGUGGCGCGCCACAUUGCAAAAAAGAAGCUUCACUGGGAACUCUCUGCUCCUGGAGGCUCGUCAACAGGAUCGGCAGUGAGUGUAGCGUCCGGGUUCAGCGCGCUGUCAAUCGGAACAGACACAAUCGGCAGCCUAAUCACACCUGCGAAUCGCGCGGCGCUGUACGCGUUGAAACCUACCGUGGGAAAGGUACCGAUGGAUGGUAUUUUCACGCUCAGCAAGAGUUUCGACGCCGCAGGUGGAAUGGCGCGAUCUGCGAAGGAUCUCGUGGCCCUCAUGGACAUCCUGCUCUCCCCGACCAACAAAGAAUUCGGCACCGGCCUGCCAAACACGGGCUUCAAGAUCAAAGAGGACUGGAGCAACCUGCGGAUUGGCUUCACGGAACCGACCAUCUGGACCUCGUGGAAGAAGAGCGGUCGGAUCAACGCCGACGCUGAGCGUUUCAUGCUUCAGAAAUACGAAAUGGUCGUGCAGAGCUUGAUCGAGAUGGGCGUCGACGUUGUGUACCCUGUCGAGCUGCCCAGCCAAAGCAGUCUCAACUUGGAUGGGAAAAACAGCUUUGAGCCGAUUGUCUACUCGGAGUUCAAAGAGUGCCUCUCGGAAUUCAUCCGCCAAUUCAAAAUCACAAAAGUCCAUUCUCUCGCAGAAAUCAUAAACUUCAACCUCGAACACCCGGAGCUCACGCUUCCACCUACCUGCCCGCACCAAAACGACCUCCUCUCCGCCCUCUCCAACCCACACUCCCGCUCAGACAUCCACACGCACCUAACCCACCUCCGCACGACGGCGGGCCAAAACGGCCUAGCGCACCUCUUCCACACCGAAACCCUCGACGUGCUCAUCGCGCCAGGCGACUCAGCCCUCUCCUCGCUCGCCGCGGCCGCGGGCUACCCAACCGCCGCAUGCCCGUUAUCAGCGCUCAAACUCAACGGGCAGCCCUUCGGCCUAACCCUCACAUCGCCUCCCCACACCGAGCACAAGCUGCUGCACUUCCUCACCGCAUACGAAGCCACGUUCCCGCCGCGCGCGCUGCCGCUGCCGCUGCACAGCGUGCCGUUUCCCUUGCAGAGCCCCGCGGGGAAAGAGGUCGUGGUGGGUCAGAACGGCGAGGUCGUCAUGUUGCCUGAUCAGCCCAUUGUCGAUUUGAUUCUCAAAGAGUGGGAUACCAGGCGGUUUAGCUGCAGUGCGGAUGCGCUUGCCGAGUGGCUCAAUAAGCGGUGGAAGAAGAGCGGGUAUAUGGUUAGUGCGGAGACGGUGCUCGAGGUUUUGAGGGGGAAUGGGAGGAUUGCUUUUAGGGGGUUGGGGGAUGUUGAGGAGGGUGCUUUUACGAGGUAAAUCUUUCAUUUGGAUUCCCUCUUCUCUUUUCUUUU